AUGUCCCUCACUGGCUGUACAGAGGAUGUUUUACAGCAGGUCAACCAUUUCUGGUCCAUGCUGGAUGAGCUUUCAGAAAACGACCCUGCAUCAUAUCGGAAAUUCAUUGAGAAGCAGAUGAAGGAAGGAGCUAAAUUCAGCUCACCACCAGAGCUCGACUCUAGUUUGUGCACCGACAUAGUGGGGCCUGAGAAAGGGUUGCUGUAUGUCAACAUAUGCAGCUGGAAACGUGUGCCUGCUCCUCAGGAUCCCAGCAGGCCUGUACCCGUGUGUGGAGGAAGACUGGAAACUGACACAAAUGAAGGUUGCACUGUGUUGGAUUUAGCGUUUAAUCCUGCCGUGCUACAGGAAAGUCAAAAAGACAAGACAGAAAUCUAUUUGCUGGCCUUGAGUUUUGCACAACAGCAGCAUGGAUUGAAAUUAUCUCAGCAUUAUGAAGUCAUAAACCGCUGCCCAAAAAGUAGCUCUGAUGACUUGCACCACCGGUUCGGGUUUCGCCAGUGGCCUAACGCUUCCAAACAACCAGACCCAGACAACCAGACCCCACCUUCCCUUCUGCAGCAGAUCUCCUCUCUACGCUCAGAAACACAAGAACAGCAGCCAGUGGCCCAAAUUAUCCCUGAACCUGUGGAGCACAAAAAGAAGGAUUUGAUCCAGGUCAUCUCCUCCACAUUUGUGCAGCCUCAGAAGCCAGAGUACCAACUCGAGGUGAGGACUGAUACAGAAGGAGUUCCUCGCAGCAUGGAACUGACAGUGGAGCUGCCAAAGGUUUCCUCUGUGUCAGAGUGCCAGCUGAGUAUCUCGAAGGAUGAUGUUCUACUGGAAGUUGAGGAUGUUUACUAUUUGCUUGUGGAAUUCCCAGUAAUUGUGGAUGAGGACACAGUGUCUGCCAUAUUUGAUAAGAAGAAACGUACGCUAACCUUGGGAGUAGAGAUGCUUCAGAACCCUAAAGGAGAAAUCUGAUGUCCUGGUACCUGAAAAGUGAUCUUUGAUGACAUAUGUAUCUCAAAUGUUUCUACUCUGAAUCUAAAAUGCUUUCUGUAUACUUUAAUCUAUGGAAGGACAACACCUAUCCUCUUAAACAAACACUUUUCAGGUGUUCUGUAAACUAAUCCUUUCGUAAA